AUGCUCGUGCUGCAGGAGGACCGCGCCACCAGCUGGGACGCGAUGCAGGCGGUCAUGCGGCAGCCGGACUUCAUGGACCGCGUGAUGGAGCUUGACUGCACCGCCACACCGCUGCCCAAGCAGCGACGGAAGAAGAUCCUCACGGAGCUCGGCAUCUGCCGACGCAGCAGCAUCACCCAGCAGCCGCAGCAACAAGCGACCGGGCGGCUGUCCCUCGGGCGCCCGUCGACGCCGAUGCCGCGCGGCACGCAGCUGGAAAACGCAAUGCGCAACUGGCUGAAUACGCAGGUCCUCUGCUCCGAGGCGCGUGAGGCGGAGGAGCAGGUCGUUGAUGACUGCUUCGCCGAGCACCAGGAGCAGGCGCUCCUCGUCCGCGAGGUGAAUAGCACGCGCGAAAAGAUGGCAGAGGUGCGGGAGAAGGUGAUGGAAAAGAAGCUCGCCAUCUGCGGCGACACGCCACUCGCCGCGCUGCUGCUGGAGGACGGCGCCGCGUCGGUGGACUCCUUCUUCUACCGUCGCACCGACAAGGGCCGCCCGGUGACGGAGAUCAUACUGCGCGAGAGCGUGCUCGUCAACUUCGGCGCCAAGGCGGAGGAAGUGGAGGACGACGACAACGUCUACGUGCGCCUUACACCGGAGGAGGUGGCGCAGCUGCAGCACGCCGUACGCGUGGCCAACGAGGUGCACGACGUGGACGAACUCGAGGCCCUCACCGCCGCGGAGGCACGCGAAGAGCAGGAGAUACGCGAGCUGAAGCAGCGCAUGGAGGAGCUGCGCCAGAAGGAGGACUUCACGGAGGAGGAUGAGGAGGAGAUGCGUCAGCUUGACGCGCUGCUCACUGAGGUCGUGCACCGCCACGAGACGACGCAGUGGCGCAUCCGCCAGCUGCAGGCAGUGGGCCGCGACAAGCUCUUCCUCGCGCAGCGCCGCGCCAAUGAUCUCAUCGAGUCGGAGCUGCGCCUCCGCUUCUCCGGCGACGCGUGGCCGGAGCUGCUGGAGAGCAACGAGCACCGCGCAAACCUGCAGGGUGCGCUCUGCCGCGACCUCAACCGCGCGCUCGGGCUUCCGGAGAAAAACUUCAGCAACUUCCGUUUCGCCCUCGGUUCGCUGUUGGUGGAUUUCACCGUGAAGCACAGCCGCGACGUCACGGCGGAGCAGCUGCAGGCGCUCGCCGACGAGGCUGACUUCGCGGAGUUCUGCGGCUACUACGAGAAGGUGACGUUCAAGCAGACGGUGCCACUCAACACGGUGGCGCAGCGGGCGGCGUACGAGGCGGCGCAGCGGGCCGCUGAGGAGCUGCGACUCGAACAACUGCGCGCGAUGAACUUUGGCGGCGCUGGGCUGCCGGAGAAGUUGGAGGACUUUGCCGACGAUGAGGAGGGCGCAUCCGAUGACGAGGAUUACCGCAAGUCGCACGUGACGAUCGCGGAGAUGCGCAACGAGUAUGCACGCGCCGCACGCAUCGGCUACCCCUUGCUCGCGCACAUCGCCUUCCCAUACGAGGCGAUGCUAGUGGAGCAGGAGCAGGAGCAGGAGGAGCUGAGGCGGCAGCAGCAGGAGGAGCUGGAGAAGCAGCAGGGGCAACAGGAGGAGGAGCUCGAGUUCGUGGAGAUCGCCGAGCCCCACAGCGAGGAGCAAGACGAUGAUCCAAUCGCCUUCGAAGUGGAGCUGGAGGCGGCUGACGACGCCGAUGACGCCCAGGAGCUGGACGACACGCAUGAGCUCUCCGACAACGCAGGGGAGGCGCAGAACGACGAGGAGGCCCAGCCUGAAAAUGCCGAUGAGGCGAAGGCGCAGGGUGGGGACACACACGAGUUGUAG